AUGCCCGGGAAAGGUCUUCACAAAUACUUGUCGCGCUUUGAUGAUGCCAUGAAGCUGCGCGGACAGCUGGCCAAUGAGAAGCCGGCUGCAGACUCGGGGGCGGAGCCAGAGGAGUUCGACGCCUUCAGGGUUUUCCGGAUCGUUGGCAGCGUCCUCCUGGCUCUGUUUGUGAGAGUGUUCGUCUGCAAGUAUCUGUCGAUCUUCGCUCCGUUCCUGACCCUGGAGCUCGGGUUCAUGGGUUUGUCCAAGUACUUCCCAAAGGCGGAGAUGAAGGCCCAGACCACGGUCCUGACCACGGCGCUGCUUCUGUCCGGGAUCCCGGCCGAGGUCAUCAGUCGCUCCAUGGACACGUACCGCCGCAUGGCCGACGUGUUCGCCGACCUCUGCGUCUACUUCUUCACCUUCAUCCUCUCACACCAGGCCCUGCUGCUCUACGGGGACGACUCGGUGUGA